AUGAACAGCGACUGGGAAAAUGAGCUGGGUUAUCGAACAAGUAAGACACCGACCUGCUUGCUGCUGAAGCCAGACCUUUCUUUUCACUCGUUUGGAUAUAAAGCAGUUGAGAAGUAUGCAAAUUUGAGUAGCUUAUUAGAGGAAAAAGAAUACUGGUUCUUCCAAAAUUUCAAGAUGUGUUUACACAAAAGUGAGGUAGGUAUUAUUAUUUCGACCACGAGGGAAUAGAAUGUUUAGAAAUACAUUUGUACAUCCCUUUGGCGUAAAAACUGAUAUAAAGGGUUUAUAACUGAAAGUUGUGACGUAUGUAGAGAGCGUCACAUGUAUUUACGGUCGACUCUCGCCUUGCGGACACCUCGCUAUUACGGACACCUAGCUAAUGAGAAAAUGCCUGAUCACUGCCGCUAAUGGAGUGAUUUUCAGCAACAAAUUCUUGAUACACUUUUGAGUGUUGUGACUCCAGGUGCUUCGUAUAUCAGCAAGAUAAAGUGGUUACCAUCGUGCAUACUUACAGGUCUUUCCAAUGAAAAAAAUGCGGCGACGUAGUUGCAAUGGCAGAUAUAUUAGAAGCAAGUGCCAAUUUGUACUAACCAUGCUUGAAAACAUACUGCCACCAAAUUGCAAACACCUUUGACGAGGCUCCUGCGUGCGAUUCGGUGACUUCAAACAGAGAUGUCAGUACCGUUAAGCUCUUUCUUUUAGUUGGUUAACCCUCUCUGAUACACUUUCCUUCUUCUAUACGACCUCAACCAAAUCAGCAAUAUUUUGAGAGAGACCCUCUUCUCAGGAGUCAAAUGUCUUCUUUUGGAACACUUACACGCUCUUGAAGCAAUCCAUAAAUGCAAUAUUUUUCUCUUAUGAGUACGAAAAUAGACAACUUAACGUAAUAACAUGUCGUCUUUUUCUUAACGAUCUCUAUUUCUUAUUAAAAAAAAAAAACUGUCCGUCUGUCACGUUCAUAGAGCGACUUUGUAAUGUGUCAAGUGCUAUAACUAAAUGUUAGAAAUGUUUUUUUUUAAUUUUUUAAUCUAUCCUUUCCUUGCAAAAAUUAACAAAGGAAAGCAACUACUACUAGACAAAGUACAGAUAUUUAAAAAAACGGUUCUUAGAAAGAAAAAACAAAAACAAUAAAAGCGCGAUUUUCCUUUAUUUCACUGGCAGGCCGCAAAUAACUUGUCCUUGUGCGAGUUACACGAUCAGUCGCGUGACAUUGUUGGCUCAAAAAUAUAUAAUCAUCUCCUUUGUUAUAUUGAACAUUGAGUAAGUUACCUUUUUUAGUGAUUUUUAACAAAGAAUUAGGAAGUAAAUGGUGAUUCAGGCUCCAGCCUCGUUUUCAUGCUGGACCGUAAGGUAUGUGGCAUAAAAAGAACUCCAUUUACUCGAAACCUAUACUACAAAUCGACCUUACAAAUUAUUAGCCAAUGAUCAGUAGGUCUUGUUCUACCAAAAUGCGGUAUCAAACCUUUUCUGGCCGGUGGGUUGAACGAAACAACAGUUUUCCUAUCUCGGCUACUGGACUAAACAGAGUUGACGUCCGAAUUGUCAAUCACAAAAGCAAGCAGUCAACACACUUGAGAUGAAAUGUCCGUGGUCAACAAAAGAAAGAUAGAAAAAGAGAGAUGAGAAAACCGUAAAGAAUGCUCCUCUACGCUGAAAUUAUUACUCUGGUUAAUGAUAAUGAUAAUGAUAACGAUAACGAUGACGAUGACGACAAUGAUAAUUGUAAUGGUAAUGACGAUGCUAACAGGAUGGAAAUAUUCAAUUGAACCUCAAGGCAAGUUUUGUACUUACCCUGCAUGCCACCCACUAUAGCACCUGCGAUUGGGCUAAACUCAUCAUUUUCCGUUUACAGAGUCUUGACCUAGAUACCGAGAUAGAGGCUGCUAAUGGAAAGGGCCUACAGGCCAUAACGGUGUUUGCACAUUCCAUUAAAUUUCUUAAGGACACAGCUGUCCACGUCAUUCGACAAAAGACAGAAGAUGAUAGCUUUGAAGUCGAAGAUGUUCAGUGGGUUUUAACUGUUCCUGCCAUUUGGAAUCCAAAAGCAAAGCAAUUCAUGAGAAAGGCAGCUUAUGAGGUAAGAAAAUACCGUACCAAUCUCCUAAAAGACUGAAAUAUUGGAGUACUGCUGUGAACAAAUUAGGCAUUGUUUGUUUUCGUUUAUGUUUGUUUGAUAUGUUUUUGUUUUUUUAUAAUGAUUUUUGAAAUUACUUUUUUUUAAGUACGCAUGAAAAGAAAAAGAACAAAAAGAACAAACAAACAAAACAAGCGUAACAGUUUAUUGUAAUAUCUUUGCUAUUAUGAAUCUCUUUGGGCUGUACAUGGCAUGCUAUUAACACAUCUCUAUCUUUUCGAUUUCUUUUAACAGGCUGGGAUUGGCUCACCUAACAAUCCAGAACAGUUGUUGAUUGCUUUAGAGCCUGAGGCCGCAGCUGUGUUGUGCAUGGAGAGGAAACUGCAUGACCCUGCAUCAAAAGAGGAAAUUGAAUCUGUGGAAAAGCCGCUAAGUGUCCCUCUUUUGCAGUAUAUGGUCGUCGAUAUUGGUGGUAAGUGCGUCGUAUAUCAAUGGCUGUCACUUGAACACAGUGGUACUGAAAUUUAGGAUGCAUCUCCGAUCAAAUUGAGAAAAGUUCAAUCUUACUGCAAUUUUGACUACAUAAAGUGAAAAUAUAAUCUGGAAAACUAUACUAUGUUCCUUUAUGUAGCAUUGCAUUUAAAGUUUGAUGAAAGACCCAUUGCAUCAUUGUGUCGUUUCUCUGAGUAAACAAAACUCAGGCAGCGUAGCACAAAAAGGGGCUUCAGCUGUUUAGAUGCGAGGAGAAGGCAUAAAUGACGACGAACGGCUUUUAAGUUAACUAAAAGAAAAACAACAACAACAACUUACAACAAGCACAACCGAACUACUUUUUCUUUGUAGGUGGCACUUUUGACGUUACAGUACAUGAAAGGCAGGGUAACGGUGCCUUAAAAGAAAUUUACAAAGUAACUGGUGGACCUUUUGGCGGGAUGAAAGUGAAUUGGCAGUUUCAAAUUCUCCUGGAUGAGGUUUUUGGUGCUCCCAAGCUACGUGAUUAUCGCGUACAGUUUCCGGGUGAUUGGCUAAAGUUAAUGAAUGAUUUUGAGGUGAAGAAAAGAGGGACACGAGCUCUGGAUAGAAAAGAAACAAGGAUUCGGCUUCCAGCUAGCUUCAUUUCUUCCAUCAACGAUUUUCGUUCCUCUGCUUUGAAGCGCUUCAAAUCAGGAGAUGUAAAAAUACUCAACGAUGAAUAUCUGUGUUUGAGUCCCAGUGUUAUGCUGAAACUGUUUGAACCCGUCCUUGAAACCAUGAAAGAGCAUCUGAAUGGUCUUCUCAAUUUAUCAGAGCUUUCCAAAGUCAACAUGAUGCUCCUUGUAGGAGGAUUUGCAGAAUCUCGUAUCCUCCAGGAAGACAUAAAAACGCAAUUUUCAAGGUAGGGAUAUAGCAACGCUUCUUUGUUUAAAGGGAGAUAUUUCGGGCUCGAGCUUAAUUAAGCAACGCGAAAUGAUAAUUGUGACCAUUAUGAUAUAAUAGAGUUAAAUUUAACAGCACCUGCAAGUUUUUCCUUUUUUGGGGAUUACCGUGUAGCACGAAAUUUUUGCGGGCUCUAAUUUUUGCGAUUUUUCCAGCGAUCCGCACAAAUAAGUUCCGGCAAAUAAAAAUAACCGGCAAACAUUUUUCCUGCAAAAAUUUACUCCAGAGUAAAUAUUCUCCAACUUAAAUUCCCUAGACAAAAAUACGUUCUAAGAAAUCGUGUCUGUUCAACUAAAACUUAUCUGUUACGUUCAGAAACAAACUAAGCGGUAUACAAUAAAAUACUGGUUUUACAUAGGGUACGCAUACCGUAGUACCGUUUGAAAAUAUAUAUUUGUGUUGCACGUACUUAACAAAACGAAAAUAUUAUCAAGCAGGGGACUGAGUACUUUCUGAAAAUCGCAAAAAUUAUUUCCCAGCAAGAAAAACCAAUCUGUUGUAAUCGCAAAAAUUAGUUCUCGCAAAACACAAAUAGCCAAUCCGCAAAAAUAAACUCCCGCAAAAAUUUCUUGCCACACGGUAGCUGGAAAAUUUCAGGAUUUGAAUCGCGUGCACGGACCACUAAUAAAAAGAGUGCACACCCUGAACGCUUCUCGUGGUCACGAAAGUGGGGGCUUUUUGGCCGUUGGUUGUAAAUGUGGUCAUAAUUGCUUAAUGAAGGACUCUUAGUAAGUGUACGGUUUUUGUGAUCACAGCCAUAACAAAAAAGAUAAAACAACAUUUGCCAUCGUACACCGUGCUUGCACGAUAAUCAUGCGUAAGAUCAAGUCGAUAAACAUGCCAUCGAGUAUAGAUGGUGCCUUUAUCAUGCUUUUAACGAGCCUUCACAGAGCCUUAUGUUGUGCCUUUAUUGUGCGACCCGUAUGUAUAACCUAAGAUCGUGCCUUUAUGGAGCCUUCAUUGUACGCAACAGAUCGUGCUUUUAUCGAGCCUGAGGUCAUUCCUUUUUGGUGUGUGCGUGGAGUCUCGGGUUCGAAGCUGUUUGGUAAUCGUUUUUGGAAGAUUGUUUUGUGAUGUUUACUCUGUUCUUUGGGUGCGUUUCGAGGAUACUGCGAAAAUAAUGGAAGAGCCUACCCGUGGAACAGGGGAUCGCCCCUGUUUGUCCAUUCAAUGCUAAGCUUGAACAUUGGCCUCAGAAAAAAAAUACGCUUUGGGGCAGGAGAUGAGCCAUGUCCAGCCCUGACCAUAAAAUCCAGAGUUUCUACAGUUCUUAACUUAGUUCCACACUUCUCAGAGGUGUGGAAGUGGUGAAUAGUCCAAAUACAAAGUCAGAAUAUUGUCACACUGCUCCCCUAGUCAUGAACCCAGUUUGUCAUUCUUUACUUAGUUCUACAUUUAGAAGAACUGUAGUGUAGUGUAGAAGUGUAAAAUAGUCUGACAUCGAAAGGAAGUCAAAGGCAGACCUGCACGGACUCCCAUUGUGGUAUUUUUGGUUACGUCGUAUUAUCAACUGCCUUCAAGUUACAUUUUUGCUCUUUCAAGCAUGUCUUUUAGAGACUUACCUCUUUUGUAAGAUAUGAUCGGAGGUCUUUCAAAAAUUGUUUUCAGCAGAGGCCGAUUUUCCAUUAGACUCUAGUUUGCCAUCAAUGCCUUUUUAAUAUCUUGUACUGCUGGGUGAUAUGUUGUAACCGAGGCAACUAAGUAAUAUCUUAAGAUCAAACCUUUUUGCAAAAAUUAUGAAUUUUCUGCAAUGUAAAUUGAUUGCAUAGCAACCGUGCAGAUAUAAAGUUUCUAAAAUGGCAGUUAAGCGAAGCUGUAAAGGUAGGUGCAGCGUUAGAUUAUAUUUUUACAAAAAGGUGGUCACCAACAUUGUGCGCAUGGCCAAAGCACUUCUGAUGAGAAAUACAGCUGUAGGUCACAAAUGCAAUGAUGGUUAGGAUUAUAAUGGGAAUUAAGAAUGUAAUGUUAAGGCAAUGUUAACCCUCGGACGUACACGCAAAUUUAUACCCCCACCGUGGUACAAGGAGGAUGGAAGGAUCCCCCCCCCCCCCACCCCCAGAGGUUUUGAUAUGUUGCAGUAUUUCGAAGCAGUUUUACCUGCAGUGGAAAGUCUUUGAUCUUCUCUUUAAGAUGAGGUAUAUCUUAUGGUAGGUGUUGCUGCUUGGGGCCUAUGACGUCACGAACAGUGUUCGCUAUCUUGGCCGCAAUCUUGGACUUUUCCAGGAAUUAGAAAUAAGGUUAAAACCCCGAGAAAUAGCGAUUUUUUGUGCUUGAGAUGAAAAAUACCUCAUAAAUAAGCACUCUGCAUGAUUUUAGCCACAAGAUUUACUUUUAUUGUUGAAACUCGAAGUUGAAAAAACAUGUACUUUCACUUAAAAAUGGCUUGAUCACCUCAUACUUAUGACGUCAUAUCUCGUAACCACAGAAACUGACCAUCACUGAACUUGACUCAAAGUGCGCGCUAGUGAUGAACGAACAGCUACUGAAAACAUCAGGUGCUGAUGUUUUAUCCUCUAAGAUAAAACUCAGAAAACCUUAGUGGCCCCACCCCCCUCCCCGUCCGCCCAUUGUACGUCCGAUGGUUAAAUUGCUAAAACAGGUCACACUACUUUAGCUUCUUAGGAAGGCGUCGCAUAGAAUGCUCGAUCCGUCAGGGAAUUCAACAGGCUAGAGCCGAAUUCGAGCCACGAUGUGGUCUUUAAAAUACUGCAUAAUAACAGGAAUGCAGCAACUUUGAGAGUUUUUUUGUCUCUGAUUUCGAGAUACUCGUAACCAACUCUCGAUGGGUACCACUACCACCUCUAACAACAACAGCAUUUUUUCAACUACGCCAGCGACUCACGCCAUGCACAACAACAGCUGAUUUCCACGUUGGCAAACACACUAAAUUUGCAAAAAAAUAGGAACAAUAUGGUGUUCACUAUUGGAAUGCGAAAUGUUACAAAAUUUUAGAGAAUAAAGAACUGCUGAAUGAAUGCGUGUGUAUUCAGAAAUAUAUUUUACAGAUACUGGAGUAAACGUAACUUGUAUAACAGACUUAAAAAGUUGAGUUAAGUGUUGAGUGAACUAAAGUGGUUUGAUUGCCACGGCUGUUGAACGCAAAAUCUUGAACACCGUAGGAUUAGUGGAGUUUUGUAUAAAUAGGUACUUGUGGGAUCAAAGUCAAUCAACCAAGCGUGCUCCAUUGUUUACGUUCGGAAGACGUGUAGUACGUUUACCUAACACCUUCUAGAAAAUAUAGCGUUUCGAUAAUACUUCCAAGCAUCAUGUUAAAUCCCAACUUUCGCCACUAUUUGGGUUAGAACUUUUCCAUCAGGGUGAGCCUUUUAGCGAGUCAUUUUUAACCCUCGGACGUACACUCAAAGUCAUAUCCCCACCGUGGUACAAGGGGGGUUGAUGGACCCCCCCGCCCCCCUCCUCUGAGUUUUUUAUUUGUUGCAAUAUUUCGAAACGAUUUUCCAUUCAGUGGAAAAUCUGCGCGAGGGAUGAACGGACAGCCACUGAAAACGUCAGGUGCUGAUCUUCUCGAAAACAUGGGGUAUAUUUCAUGGGUUGUGGCGCUGCUGGAGGUCUGUGACGUCACCAAAAAUGGUCAGGUAAGAACAGUGAGAAUACAUUUUGUUUGCGCUUAACCCUCGGACGUACAAGGGGGUGGAUGGGGGGAUGCCACCACCCCCCAUAAGGUUUUAUUGAGUUUUUUUCCUAGAGAACAAAACAUCAGCACCUGACGUUUUCAGUGGCUGUCCGUUCAUCCCUCGCGCAGAUUUUGAGACGAGUUUAGUGAUGGUCAGUUGCUAUGGUUACGAGAUAUGACGACAUAAGUAGCAGGUGGUCAAGUCAAUUUUGGGUGAAAUUUCAUGUCUUUUCAACUUCUUUCAACAAUAAAAGUAAAUCUUGUGGCUAAAAUCGUGCAAAGUGUUUAUUUAUAUGUUAUUUUUCAUGUAAAGCACGAAAAGUUACCAUUUCUCGCGGUUUUAACCUGAUUUCCAAUUCUUGGUAAAAUCCAAGAUGGCGACCAUUGUUGGUGACGUCACAGGCCUCUCGCAGUGUCACCACCCAUAAAAUAUACCUGAUCUUGUUAAGGAGAUCAAAGGCUUUCCGCUAAAGGUAAAAUCGUUUCAAAAUACUGCAACAUAUCGAAAACUCCGGAAAGGGGUUCCAUCCACCCCUCCCUUGUAGAACGAUGGGGGUAUGAAUUUGCUUGUACGUCCGAGGGUUAACAUGUAAAAUAACACAUAAAUAAUUUCCUUCUAUCAUAUUAUCCACAAGCUUUCCUUUAUUCCUGAAAUAAGUUUAAAAAGCAUGCAGUUCACUCAAAAAUGGCUUGACCACCUGCUACUUAUGACGUAAUAUCUCGUACCCAUAGUACCUGACCAUCACUAAACUUGUCUCAAAAUGCGCGCGAGGAGAUAAACGAACACCUAAAAAAAAACCCAGGCGCUGAUGUUUCAUCGUCUAAGAAAAAUAAUCAGAAAAACCUUAGGGGGUGGCAAUCACCUCCCUUCCCCCUCCUUGUACGUCCAAGGGUUAAAAGAAAAAACCUAUCCUGAAUAUCAAGAAAGUGUUUUUCCCAUUAUGAAAACGGCGAAAAAAACGAAUCUUAGAAGGGAAGUGACGAUGCUCUUAAAUGAUUCGACAUCUCUUCUGAAAAAGCCACCUUGUUUCGUCAUCUCCCCUAAUUUUCUUUGCACUUUGGCUCCUUUGUCAGAAGGAAGUUUUUCAAAUCUGGCGCUCUAGACCGUAAGAAGGUCCCGGAUGUGUCGCAGCAUUCUUUGAGAAUAAUUGAUGUAAGUUUUAAAAUAUUAACAUAAAGUAAGGAAUCAGAGCGAUCCAGAAGAAGGCAAAUGAGCCGGUUGGCUUUUAAGUUAGGAAAUGGAUUGUGUUGUUUUUGCCUCGUAAGAAAGAUUGUUCCAGAGCAUUGCAUCACUUUACUUAAAAUUAUGUUCGAGGUAAUUUAAUGUCUUGGCCUUUGAAGUGCUAGAUCAGUUUCAAGAUUCCUAAGAUUAUAGUUGUAAUAUAUAACAAUUAUUCACCGAAGUGGAGGUAGCUAGUGGUGUGGAUAUUUGCCGAGACCGCGAAGCGACGAAGUAAAUAUCCACCCCACCGACACUGAGGUGAAUAAUUGUUUUAGUAUAAUUGAGAAAAACAAAUGAUGAUACUCAUUUACUGUUGCCAACGAUUACAACUUUGGCGCGCAAUGACCGAACGGCCGCGUUCGUCGCUUUUUGUUGCCAACAAAUAAAACUUUUGAAGGCAUUUGUUCAGCUCUUGCGGGGAAUUGUUUAUAAAAGGAGUUGUAAAUUCUGUUUGUAUUUUAAAUCAUUAUAUAAAAAAGAUUAUUAAAUUUAGUUUUAUGCUUAUUUAUGUAAAAGUCAAGUAAAUAAAGUAACGCAAGGCUUAAGCUUAAUUUGCAUUUGUAAACAAGACAAAGCUUUACCUGUUAAAACUUCCAAACCGAACUUCGUCACCUUCUUCGUGUAUUUCGGGAACAGCUUGCUUGAUUAGUUCUCAGAUUUCUUUGUUUGUUUUAGCAGCAAAAGGGGAAGGCAUUUUGCUCGCAACUUACGCGAGUUUGGCGUCGCUCGCUCGGAGGAACUGGAGGUGAAUCAAUGAAUAGUGCAGGAUAUUCACUGAUUCUUGGUUUGCAACCACGUGACAAGGCGGCCAUGUUGGGGGUCAAUACAAUAGGACUUUUUCUCGAAGAAUUUACAUGAAAAUAGAGUUUAGUUCCCAGAGGAGAGAAAUGCUUUUGUUCUUGACCACCAACAUGGCCGCCGUGACGUCACGGGCAAACCAGCGAUUGAAUAGCCAAUCAGAGCGCGCGAAAAACACUAUCCUCUGUUUUAGUAUAUACUAAAUAGAUUUAGCCAGGGCUAAAAGCGAAGUCCUCGAUAAUAUUUAAAGUUUGUUGAAACAAAAUAUAUAGAAUGGUGAAUGCUAAGCGUCGAAGGCAACGCCGGAGAACGGUGAAAAACAUCAAUAGGUCUAAUUAGGAAAACUUUGCACGUGCAGCACACUUUUUUUGUACAUUCUUUGUUACACGUUUUCUGGAGGAAAUGUCGUACGUGUUCUCUUUCACUUUUUUUUCCACUGCUGCUCAUUUUCACCUUGCAUUGGUGGCCGCUAGCAUUUCUGUUGAUUGAGUUAUUUUUUAUUGGUAUACCUGUGGUGCGGACGGACGGUCGUUCGGUCGCUCGGUGUACGGUCACGUGAUUACCAAAUUAUCUAGGAUGGGUAGAUUUACUUAGCUAUGGGGCUUUGCACGCGCGGGCUUCGCGCGCGCGUGGAGCUCCGCCGCAAAUGAAUUGUAUAACUUUACAAGAGUGUAAUGCGGGACAAAAGGUUUAAUUUUUCUUAGAGCUCCUACACUGGCGCACGCCUUUUUACACAUAUAAUCAAUGUGAGUCUCGAAAGUAACCUUUUCAUCUAAUAGUACUCCCAACUAAUUAUUAGGUUACAUUAGAAACUAUAUUACUGUCAAUUUAUGACAAGAGGUAAAUCUCAAGACUGAUUAUUCAAGUUAUAUGUUGAUCCAGUGGGCAUUUAUACUUACUUUUUAAAGGGUGGAAUUUUUGCCUGGUAAGAGGCGGUCGACAUAUUUACUUUUCCCCCGCUUAACGUCAACUGGACGUUUAGGUCAGAGCAAGGAGAGAAAUCUUGCAUGGUUUCUCAUAACAAUUUUAACUUCAUCGAAAAUUUUAUAUUAUUUUGCAAACAUUGACUGUUUAUAAUCCUUAUAAGCAAAUAAAUCUUCGAUAGACAAGGGAAAAACAGACCAAAAGAAGCGCCGGAACAGCUACAGCACAAAAUGCCCGGAAUUUCACCGAAGCUACAGUUGCAGAAAUAAACCACAAUCUUGUCUGCACGUUCAAUGAAGUGAGCGCAGUGUACCGAUUUUGUUAUAAACCUAACCUCACAGUUUUAAAAUCCUGUCUGAUGGUGUCUAGAUCUUCGAUAGUUUUUUUGUGUUUUGGUUGAGAUUUAUUCCGUCGUGUAAAUUUACAUGAGGAUUUGCAUACACAUAGCACACACUGCAUGCAAAUUAUUUUAAAUACACGCUUUCAGUUUCCCCACUGGGUUAUGAAAUUUUUUUGUUUCCAAAGGUUAUCACAAUAUUCAAACUUAUUUACUUUUCUGGUUUAAAAAGAAAUAUACUCUUGCUGGAUUUUUCGUUAUUCGCUUCACGUCGGCUUUCGCUUCUGCAAGUUUCUCAGCCCGUUUCACGGGAUUUGUGGUACUUGGCUGACACAAUCUCUUCAUUCCAAGACACUUUCAACGCCUCAUAACAGGGGAACUAACAGGGGUAGACCCGGGUAGACCCCAAAAUUUACAAAGAAGAAAAGUUGAAGUAACAAGUUGACCGAAAUAAUCCGAUAAAACCGCUAACAGUAACCAGCAAUGAAUCCAAGAAGAACGGCGAAAAUAACACUCAAAUCAUCAUGGCGGCUUGGACAUGACCGAGCAAUUCAAACUUGUCACAAACGCUCAAGAAAGCAAAAUAUUUAAAACUAACAACCUUCCAUGGCGGAAUAGUGUCGAAAUUACCUACACAAGCUUGGAAUAAAGCGAAAAUUUCACCACAUACACUUCUGAAAACGGCUCUUUCCAAGCGCGAAAAUCACUCUACAAUUGACGCAUUCUGAUUGGUCGAACCUGGUGACGCACACCGCCUGGCCCCGCACUAACGUCCACUGCCUUAUCCCCUUCUUUUACCUCAUGCAUGCUUCAUUUAGAAGUGUAGUUGCUAAAAACAGCAAAACGCUAACCCCCACCCGGACAGCAAACUUUUUGCUGGCCUCCAUAAACUGGGAAUUCUGCGCGAUGACUUGGUUACUAUUACUGGAUAUUAUCAUAGAAUAGAUAUUUGAAAAUUUUGUUCAGUGCUGCAUUAUAUGUAAAGCAAAAGUAAGAGAAUAUCAAAGACCAGGACAUUAAACAAAGGAAAAUGAAUAAUGCGGGAAUAUAACAUGGCAGAACAGGUAACGAUAGGCAAAGGACCCGAUAGACUGGCACCAAUAUUGAUCAGAACAGCUACUAAAAGGAAGAAAUUCAACAAAAUACCCACCCAAAUUUUAUGCACCUGAGAAAUAAGACAAAGUAACUUUAGAGUUAAGGAAAAAAAAAUCAUUAUCUCUUCUAGUGUCUCUAAGAGAACAUUUAUUAGAACUCUAUGUGAUUUUAACCGGCGAGUUGAAAGACGAGUCUGCAUGACUUAGAAAUUGACAUAAGCUCUUUACACACUGAGUAAACACGACACUUUAAUAACUGUAACUUAUUUAUUUACUACCGUUCGACCCUUAAUGCAAUUGUGACCCUUGCUGCACUUGUAACUAAUUCUUUUGAAAUUUGAGACCUACCACGCAUCAUAUUCUUGUAACCUCAAUAGACGCUUGUUAACUGGAAUUGUCUUAGUUAAGAAUGUUUGGUUAUUGAUAAUAGGAUUAUUUUCAGGAGGUGUCGUGUGGUUAUUCCUAAUGAUGCUGGCAUAGCUGUUGUCCAGGGAGCAGUAAUCUUUGGCAAGAGGCCGACCAAAAUAACCCAGAGAGUGGUUAGCAAGACCUAUGGCGUUGACUGCUGUAGGGAUUUUAUCAAAGGCGUUCAUCCCGAAGAAAGCAAGUUCAUAGCCAAUGGAAAAGAGAUGUGCAGCGAUGUCUUUAACUGCUUUGUAAAGGAAAACGAAGUAGUUCAACUUGGGCAGAGAAUACGAACAAUGUAUCGACCACUUUAUCCAAAUGAAAAGAAAAUCAAAUACUCAUUUUAUGCCUCAAGAAACCCUAACACCCUUAUGGUCACAGACGAAGGAGUUACCAGGAUUGGAAGUGUCGUGCUUCUGUCUCCUGAGACUUGGAGAGGAUUGGACAGAGAAUUGGAGGUCAGCUUGUUCUUUGGGGGGACAGAAAUAACGGCGACAGCGCGCGAUGUUACUAGUGGGAACAGAGCGCAAACCACGCUAGACUUUUUCCAUAAUAAUUAA